UCAUUCAAUUUAAAUUGUUCAAUGAAUAACGAGUGGACAAGAUAUCAGUCGUUUAAUGGCUUUCCCCAAUCUUCUUCAGUAUCCCCUAUCCGAUUAGCUAAAGCUGGAUUUUACUACACGGGAACACGGGAAGACGCUACUUGUUUCUGUUGUAGACUGACAAUCGGCACGUGGACUACAGAUGAAACUGUUUCUGAACUACAUCAGCGUCUUUCUCCACAUUGCCGUUAUUUGACAGGCGAAGACACAACGAAUGUCCCAAUACAUGGCGAGUCAUACUCGGAACAGGCUAAAGGGGAUAGAAAUGAAGCCGGGAACGUCUCUACGUCAAACACAAUUACCAAACUGGGUCAAAGACAAAACCCUAUCAUUUCAACUGGGGCAUAUGGGAACGUUAGAGAUAACGGUAGUCUUUGCGUUAGUGGUGUACGAACGAAUCACAGACAAUGUUUCUCAGAAAGGCUCACACUUCCACAACCAAACGGUCAAAUUGAGUACUAUCCAGGUAUCACUACACAAAAACCGAAACAUCCCGAUUACGCAAUUAAGGCUGUUAGACUGUCUUCUUUUUUAAACUGGUGCCAAGAUGUGAUGGAACCAGAACAUCUGGCAGAGGCAGGAUUCUAUAAUACAGGUGUUCAAGAUUGUGUACGAUGUUUUUUCUGUGGUGGUGGAAUGAAGAACUGGGAAAACGGUGACAAUGCAUGGAUAGAGCAUGCUAGAUGGUUUCCAAAUUGUGCAUACGUGAAACAAUGCAAGGGAGAAAAUUUUGUUACCAUGUGCCGCAUGGCAAAUAUCGACCACAUGACAGCUAAUGGUGAAAUGCAAAAUCUGGCCACAACAACAUGGAAUCUUGAAAGUUGCGGAGAACUUGUCGAAGACCAGUUGAUAGAAGACCUUAAUAGCGCAGCAGCCAAACUUGUCAUGGGUAUGGGAUACAAACAGGAAGAUGUAGAGCAUGCCAUUACAUUUGCGAGAGAGAAAUAUGGUUCAGCUGAAUUACGAGCACAGUAUAUCCUCGAAUCCCUGCUUGACAAUACCUAUAGCAGCAAUGAUGGAGCACGUGGUUACAGCAAUCAGACUAGUUGUGGCACAGACAAACAUUCUCCUAAUCAAGGAAGUACAUCAGAUAGCAGACUUGCUGAUGAAAAUAACAGUGAAAGUUCAGAAAAGCAUAAGCUAUUAGAAGAGAAUCGUCAACUGAGAAGUCAAAUGACUUGCAAAAUUUGUAUGGACAAGGACGCAUGUAUUGUGUUUCUACCUUGCGGUCACAUGGUUUCCUGCGUUGAAUGUGCGCAUGCGCUAAGAAAAUGUGCUGUUUGCAGAUCAUUAAUUCAGGGAACAGUAAGAGCUUAUCCAGCCUAAAGACACAGACACACAGCUUGUAAAAAUCCUUUACAUGAUUUAUUUAUUAUCAGAUAAUUAUUUUCUUUAAAGUGCAAUAUCUUUUUUACAUUAAAGUGUCAGAUAUGUUUUUAUCCCAACAGAAUUGAGACUUUAUUUCAAGUUCCUAAAUACAGUACUAUAUGGGAGUUAUUAUGAAUUUUAAACAAAAACAUUUCAAAAAUAUAUCUGUUCGGUUAACUUGUAGUUUUUAAUGUUUAUAUGAUAUAGUUAAUUUAAUAAUCUUUCAUUGAUUUUACUGUUUAUGAUAUACAUUUUGCAUUAAUUCGUAAAUGGCAUUGAAUAGAUAUGUCAGUUGUAUAUUAUUUUAUACAUUUAUUUAUCAAAGUUAUAUGUGUAUGUAUUUGCUGAUUUGACCUACAGUUGAUUUUAACCAUCAAGUCCAUGUUUGUUAUAGAAUACAGUCAAACUUGCAAGAUAGACCAGUUGCAUUAAGAGACUGCCUUUUCAGUUCCCUUUUUAUGUUAUUAAAGAAUAAAUUAUGUUGUAUUAAAGGACUGUUUCUCUUAG